GCGCGGCGCGAGUGCUGCUGCUGCGGCUACAAGUACUCGUGGCGGGACGCCAGGCGUGCCCUUCCCACCUGCCCACCACCACCACCACCUCUGCCCCCCUCACCCAACCACCCCCUCCACUCCCCUCUCCGUCCGGUGACUCACGAACCCGCCGCCCGCCGCCGGAGACAGGGAACUCCGGCGUUCGCACCUCCGGGGGAGGCGGCGCGGCGGCUUUGCGUUCGGGCUUGGGUCUGGGUUCUGUGUUGUGUUGAUUGGUUCGUUGCGGGGCGGAGGGAAUCCCGGCUCCGCACGCUAACAACCGCCUCGCCCCAAGGCCAAGCAAGAGAUCUCGCCCCGGACGCCAGCGACAUCCGUGGGCGUGCGCGGGGUAUAAGACCGCGUCCUCGCCGUCCCCGGGGCGGAUUCCGCGAGGCCGCCUCUCGAUUUCGCAUUGCUGAGAUCGCCGCCGGCGGAGGGGGCCUUCCGUCAAAGGCGACUCCUUUCCUCGGCGCGGUCCGCGAUGGGCGAGGCGGGGCACGACGCGCCGGCGGUGAAGGAGGAGGGGAAGGGGGCGAUGGCGGCGCCGUUCCCGGCGUGGGCGCGGACGGUGGAGGAGUGCGAGAAGCGGUUCGGGACGGACCGUGACCGCGGGCUAUCGUCGUCGGAGGCGGCGGCGCGGCUGCGCGCGCACGGGCCCAACGAGCUGCUGGAGCACCCGGGCCCCUCCGUGCUGCAGCUCGUGGCGCAGCAGUUCGAGGACACGCUGGUCCGCAUCCUCCUCGCCGCCGCCGCCGUCUCCUUCGCGCUCGCGCUCUCCUCGUCGGCCGGCGCGCUCACGCUCUCGGCCUUCGUCGAGCCGCUCGUCAUCUUCCUCAUCCUCGUCGUCAACGCCGCCGUCGGGGUGUGGCAGGAGACCAACGCCGAGAAGGCGCUCGAGGCGCUGCGCCAGAUCCAGUCCGACCACGCCGCCGUGCUCCGCGACGGCGAGUGGGCGCCCGCCCUCCCUGCCCGCGACCUCGUCCCGGGCGACGUCGUGAUGCUCCGCGUCGGGGACAAGGUGCCCGCCGACAUGCGGGUGCUCCGCCUCGUCUCCUCCACGCUCCGCGUCGAGCAGGGCUCCCUCACCGGCGAGACCAACUCCGUCAACAAGACGGCCCACGCCGUGCCCGCCGAGGACGCCGACAUCCAGGCCAAGGAGUGCAUGGUGUUCGCCGGCACUACCGUCGUCAAUGGCUCCGCCGUCUGCCUCGUCCUGCACACCGGGAUGGCCACCGAGAUCGGCAAGAUCCACUCGCAGAUCCACGAGGCCUCGCAGGAGGACGAUGACACGCCGCUCAAGAAGAAGCUCAACGAGUUCGGCGAGGCGCUCACCAAGAUCAUCGGCCUCAUAUGCAUCCUCGUGUGGCUCAUCAACGUCAAGUACUUCUUGACCUUCGAGCUCGACGGAUGGGUGCCCAGGAACAUACGCUUCUCGUUCGAGAAGUGCACAUACUACUUUGAGAUCGCCGUGGCGCUUGCCGUCGCCGCCAUACCCGAAGGAUUGCCUGCUGUGAUCACCACCUGCCUCGCCCUCGGAACGAGGAAGAUGGCCGCCAAGAACGCGCUUGUCAGGAAGCUGCCCAGUGUGGAGACUCUCGGCUGCACCACCGUGAUCUGCUCCGACAAGACCGGGACGCUGACCACCAACCAGAUGUCAGUCUCAAAGCUCGUUGCCAUCGGUGAUGCCCCAGGGAAAGUGAGGAGCUUCAAGGUGGACGGCACUUCGUAUGAUCCCCGUGAUGGGAAAAUUUAUGACUGGCCUGCUGGGAGGAUGGAUGCAAAUCUUGAGAUGAUCGCAAAGGUUGCCGCUGUGUGCAAUGAUGCCAGUGUCUCACAUUCUUCAAACCAGUAUGUUUCCACCGGAAUGCCGACCGAGGCUGCUUUGAAGGUCCUGGUUGAGAAAAUGGGUGUACCUGAAGGAAAGAACGGUCUGUCGGUGGAUCCGUCUGAGACAUUAGGCUGCUGCCGAUGGUGGAGCAAUGCUGCCAAAAGGAUUGCGACGCUCGAGUUCGACCGUAUGAGGAAAUCAAUGGGAAUCAUUGUCACCUCCAAAUCAGGAGGCAACACUUUACUUGUGAAGGGAGCUGUUGAAACCUUGCUGGAGAGGAGUAGCCAUAUCCAGCUCCAGGAUGGUUCAGUUGUGCCAUUAGAUGAGAAAUCAAGAAAAGCUAUUUUGGCUAGUCUCCAUGAAUUGUCAACAAAAGCUCUGCGGUGCCUCGGAUUUGCAUACAAGGAGGAUCUUGGUGAAUUCGCAACAUAUGAUGGCGAAUACCACCCUGCUCACAAGCUUUUGCUGGAUCCAGCCAAUUAUGCGGCUAUUGAAACUGACCUGAUAUUUGUUGGUCUUGCUGGCCUAAGGGAUCCUCCGAGGGAAGAGGUCUUUGAUGCUAUUGAGGACUGCAGAGCUGCGGGCAUCCGUGUUAUGGUGAUUACAGGAGACAACAAAGAAACUGCUGAGGCGAUAUGCCAUGAAAUCGGUGUAUUUUCACCUGAUGAAGACAUUAGCUUGAAGAGCUUUACGGGGAGGGAGUUCAUGGCACUUGAGGAUAAGAAGACACUGUUGCGAAGGACAGGUGGCCUUCUGUUUUCUAGGGCAGAGCCCAGGCACAAGCAAGAGAUUGUGAGACUGUUAAAAGAAGACGGUGAGGUUGUUGCUAUGACUGGAGAUGGAGUAAAUGAUGCCCCUGCUCUAAAACUUGCUGACAUUGGUAUAGCAAUGGGUAUCACUGGCACUGAGGUCGCCAAAGAGGCUUCUGACAUGGUACUAGCUGAUGACAAUUUCAGUACCAUUGUUGCUGCUGUUGGUGAAGGCAGAUCUAUUUACAACAACAUGAAAGCUUUCAUAAGAUAUAUGAUUUCCUCAAACAUUGGUGAAGUUGCCUCGAUCUUCCUUACCUCUGCUUUGGGUAUUCCUGAGGGGUUGAUACCUGUUCAACUUCUGUGGGUAAAUCUGGUCACUGAUGGCCCCCCUGCGACUGCUUUGGGUUUCAAUCCUCCUGACAAGGACAUCAUGAAGAAACCACCAAGGAGGAGCGACGACUCACUGAUCACUCCCUGGAUUCUGUUCCGUUAUCUGGUCAUUGGCCUUUACGUGGGGGUUGCAACCGUUGGCAUCUUUGUCAUCUGGUACACCCAUGGAUCUUUCAUGGGCAUUGAUCUCACUGGAGACGGCCACACACUUGUCAGCUACUCGCAGCUCUCAAACUGGGGCCAGUGCUCUACCUGGGACAACUUCACAGCCGCGCCCUUCACUGCUGGAGCUAGAACUUUCACCUUCGACGACAACCCCUGCGACUACUUCCAGGCAGGCAAAGUGAAGGCGACGACGCUUUCGCUGUCCGUGCUCGUGGCGAUCGAGAUGUUCAACUCGCUCAACGCCCUCUCUGAGGACACGAGCCUGCUGAGGAUGCCUCCGUGGGUCAACCCGUGGCUGCUCCUGGCCAUGUCGGUGUCGUUCGGGCUGCACUUCCUCAUCCUCUACGUGCCGUUCCUCGCGCAAGUGUUUGGCAUUGUGCCGCUCAGCCUGAAUGAAUGGCUCCUGGUGCUGCUGGUGGCCCUCCCCGUGGUGCUCAUCGACGAGGUCCUCAAGUUCGUGGGCAGGAGCACGACCGCCUCAGGCCCCAAGCGGCGUUUAAAAAAGCAGAAGGGCGAGUGAAGGAGGCGGCGGUGGCUAACAGCGGUUGUUCCAGACGCCGCGGUAACUAAUCAUCAACAAAAAAAUUCCAAUUUGUUCAGAAUGUUCGGACCAUAUAACAGUGGUCGCCAAAGGAAGGAUGUUUAUUCAGCGUAUAAUAUAUAUAUAUAAGAAACUGAAGUAGAUAAAAGGGUUCUUGAACAAAGCUCUCGCUUUUCGCGGAGACUGAACUUAGCAGCUCUGUUCUUGUUUCUUUUUAGUUGUUAUAGGUUGCAAACCUUUGAUUAUAUAUCCUGUGAAUUAUAUGUAGGUAGUGGUCCCUUGGUCUCUGGGUGUUGGAAUAUUGCUUUGUUUUUGCUGCGAGCUGUUUGCCGAACUGGAGUGCAAAUAAUUAUACAUCACAAGGGAACAGACAUUUCUGAUUGCUGUUAA